UUGUACUGUGAUGGAAAGAAGUGAGAGAUAUAUUUUUGUUAACUUCGUAUAAAUAUCAUUGUGAAAAGGAAAUUAAUGCAAACAUGUCUAUGCGACCCGAUGAUCAUCGAAGGAAAUGGAAUCGGGAAGAGUACGAAAGGAUUGCACUUCAAAGACUUCAAGAUGAGAUUGCAGAAGAAGAAUUAGGAAUUCCCAAGCAGCCAACAGUUAAAAGGGAAUUGUUGAAGCAAAGAGAUUAUAAGGUUGAUCUCGAAUCUAAACUAGGAAAAAGUGUUGUUAUCAAUAAAAAUACGCCAUCAUCACAAACUGGAGGAUACUACUGCAAUGUUUGCGACUGUGUUGUCAAAGAUUCAAUCAAUUUCUUGGACCAUAUCAAUGGGACAAAACAUCAACGUAAUCUUGGUAUGUCCAUGAAGAUAGAGCGAUCUACAUUGGAUCAGGUUAAAGCAAGAUUUGCACAAAACAAAAAGAAACUCGAAGAAAAAAAGAAAGAUUAUGAUUUGGAACAAAGAGUGAAGGAGCUGAAGGAAGAGGAAGAAAAAAUCAAAGAAUAUAGAAAGGAAAAGCGAAAAGAUAAGAAGAGGAAAAUUGAGGAAUUAUCCGAGGAUGAUGCAGGACCUUCCGAUGAAAUGGCUGCGAUUAUGGGAUUCUCUGGCUUUGGUUCGAAAAAAAAGUGACAAAUUGCUGUUGUCGAACGUUCAUGAAUUAUUUGAAGAAGAAAAUAUUCUUUGAUGAAGAUCGCGACCGAAUCGUAUAGAUAUGAUGUGAAGAAAA